AUGCUUAAUCGAGCAGUUAUAUGGAAAUGUGAUUUGCCGGUGCGCGUGGCUGGCUCCGAUUUACAAACUUUGCAACGCGAUGCCCAUGGUCACCUGCCUGAUUUGCAAGCACUUAAUCAGCUGCCGCGUCCCGAGCAGUUGUCGCUCACAGAGACUGUGCUCGAUCUCACGCAUAACCGAUUCCGCGAGCUGCCGUCAAAUGCUACUUUUGGUUAUGCGAAUGUUACGCAUCUAUUUGCUGCUAACAAUCGGUUAAACACCGUGUUGCCCACGCAUUUGCCACCUGCGCUGCGGACAUUAGAUUUGCGAACGAAUCAACUGGAGGAUUUAAGUGAGAGCUUCCUGCGCGUCUAUCUCAACGAGAGCGCUACAUUAACAGCGCUUUAUCUCUCUGAUAAUCCCUGGCUGUGCAAUUGUUCUGCAGAGCUUUUGUUGUACACACACAUACCCGAUAUCGAGGAAUUGUUUUGCGCAAAUCUUCCCAACGUAACGCUAGCGAAUGUGACGUUCACAGAUAUUUGUGUGGUAUCCAGCAGCAGUUGGACUUUAUUGGUACAUCUACUGGCUAGUUUUCUUGUAAUACUUACGCUCUUGACUUGUAUUGCACUGUACUACAAGUAUGAAUUGGAGCUGAAGAUUUGGUUGCAUGCACAUAACGUGAACAUUUCUUGUUGCGGCAUUGACCAGCUCGACUGCAACGCAACUUUCGAUGCCUUCAUCUUAUAUGCGCACGAGCAGUCGGACUACGUCAACCAGAUACUCGUGCCUGGACUCGAGCAAACGGCGCCUCAUUUUCGUAUCUGCACACACGAACGCAAUUGGUUGGCGGGCGCUUAUAUACCUGAGCAAAUUGUCGAGUCGGUUGCAAAAUCGCAUCGCAUGAUCAUUGUGCUCUCGCCACAUUUUGUCGCAUCGCUUUGGACGCGUAUGGAAUACAAGAUGGCACAUCAGUUUGCUAUAAAACGCGUUAUUAUUAUUAAAUAUGGCGAUAUUGCCGAUGUGUCGAGUUUUGACAGCGAGUUAAAGGCUUAUUUGCGUAUGAAUACCUAUUUGGAGUCGGAGGAUCCGCGAUUCUGGCAGAAACUACGUUACGCAAUGCCGCAAUGCAGAGGCCAAGGUCGGAAACCCGUUAUGCUCGAGGUGGGCAACAGAGUUUACUUGCCUGCACAAGUGGAGCGGAAUCAAAUGGCGAUUAAGAAAUAA